AAGUGCCGGUCCAAUUGGAAUCCAAUGGGAUGGAGGCAAAUUUCCUGACAACUUGAAAGAAAAGCAGCCGGAAAAGCGACAAGUCGUGAAAAUGGACGACAAGGGUUUCGUGGAGAUCGACGGCUCCUACCUGGAGGGCGGCGGGCAGGCGCUGCGCAACGCCCUGAGCCUCAGCUGCAUCCUGGGCAAGCCGGUGCGCGUGACCAAGAUCCGGGCGAAUCGCCCCAAGCCGGGACUCUCCCACCAGCAUUUGCACGGCGUGAACCUGCUGCGGGACAUCUGCAACGCCGACGUUGCAGGCAACACGCUGCUCUCCACCGAACUCGAAUUCACGCCGCGCACCAUCCGGGGCAGCACGUACCGCGUGGAGACGCACACGGCGGCCAGCAUCACGCUGAUCUACCAAAUGGCCCUGCCCGUCCUGCUCUUCGCCGGCCGCCCCUCCCGCCUGUUCGUCGCCGGCGGCACGAACGUGGCCUUCGCCCCGCCGGUGGAGUACAUGCAGCAGGUGCUGCUGCCGCAUCUGAAGCCCCUGGGCGCCUCCUUCGACCUCAAGGUGCAGCAGUACGGCUUCUAUCCACGCGGCCAGGGCAGCUGCCAGCUGGACGUGCAGCCGGUGGAAAAGCUGAAGGCUGGGCAGUUCCUGGACUUUGGCCGCCUGCAGCUGGUCAGCGGAGUGGCCUUCACCGCCGGCCGUUUGCCCAAGAGCCUGGCGAUCGACAUGCAGCAGACGGCGCAGCGCGAGAUCCAUCGCCUCUUGCCGGAGAUGCACGAGAUCAGCGUCGAGGCGGUGAAGCAUGCGCCUGAGAAGGCGCGCGACAACGGAGCCGGCAUUCUGAUGACGGCCCACACAACCGGCGGCUGCAUCCUGGGCGCCGCUUCGCUGGGCCAGAAGCGAGUCGACGGGCAGGCGCUCGGCUCGGAGGCCUCCCUCCGGCUGGCCGAGUACGUGCGCAAGGAGAUCUGCGUGGACGAGCACAUGCAGGACCAGCUGAUCAUCUACAUGGCCCUGGCGGCGGGCCGCUCGAGGAUGCGCACCGGACCGCUGAGCAGCCACACGCGCACCGCCAUCCAUGUGGCCGAGCAGCUGGCCGGCGUCCGGUUCGAGGUGACCCUGGAGGCCGCCGGCCAGACGCUGGUCGAAUGCGAGGGAGCGGGACAACUGAACGGGAUGCUUUAACAAUCGGUCUUUACUCUAAAGGCAAUCUUAAAAAUAAUGUGGAGAAUAUACGCGGUGCUAGAGGCGCCGGAAAAUGGC